UUCGCCUGAUGAAAGUUCCGCUCUGCAUCAUUCGCCGCUUGGUAUCUUUGCAGUGAAGUGUGGGAUUCUCUGUGUUCACUUUCAGUGACAGUAUGUUACAGUGAUUUUCUAAUGGCGUGAAGACAGUCAAUCAUGCCCGCAGUUUUGCUGGACAGGUUACCGCUUCCUAGCCUACAGGCAUACACAGUAGGCAGUGUGCUGUUGCUUGCCUGUUCUGUGCAUUAUGCUGUUCAAGUUACUUCACAAAUGGGAUUAAAUUUCAAUGGAACUGAAGUUGGAAGCGAUAAUGGUUUUACAUUUAAAAAUUCCACACCUGGAAUACGACCCGAUAUUUCGUUUGGGGAUGUCAUAUUCGAACGUGUAUUUUUUAGGAGAUCGAUUGAAGUACUAUAUUUCAUGCUUCAGGAACCAAUGUGCAUAUGGACUUUGAUAAAUAUGGCAUACUGCUGUUUUAUAUUGAUUGGAAAGACAAUUCAGAAGUUAGUAUUUGGUGAUCUGCGAGUGUCUGAACAACAGGUAUGAGAUUCUUUCAUCAAUAUUUGUCAGAUAA